AUCGAUAGUUUUGCAACCCUGUAGCGCAGCCAACUUCACUCUUUCUCUUUUCAGCCUCCAUUGACGAGUGUUGGGUCGCUAAUUUGUAAAAUAUUACAAAAUCACAAUGGAGAACGACGCCGGUGAGAAUGUUGAUUUAUACGUGCCCCGCAAAUGCUCGGCAUCAAACAGAAUCAUCCACGCUAAGGAUCACGCCUCUGUGCAACUGAGCAUUGUUGUUGUGGAUCCCGAAACCGGCCGCCAAACCGACGGAACCAAAACUUAUGCUAUUUGCGGAGAAAUCCGUCGCAUGGGCGAGUCCGACGAUUGCAUUGUGCGUCUGGCCAAGAAGGAUGGUCUCAUUACCAAUUCCUUUUUACCUUGCAGGAACUUCUAAAUAAAUUGUAUACAAGAUGAAUUGGUAAUAAAAAGUGAGAAUUCCCUUUGUAUUUAACGUAA